AUGUCCACCUUUGACGGCGUAGUCAAAGAGUUCCCAGAAAUCCGAAUCGACUAUUUCCGCCACGGCAAUGACGAGGCACAACCACCAUUGGCGUACUUUCUCAGCCAUGUACACUCUGACCAUCUUGCUGGCCUGGAGACCUGCAAAUCACCUUUCAUCUAUUGCUCGCCAGCAACACGAGAAAUCUUGCUGAGGCUGGAGAAGUACCCACAUCGCAUGAAUUUCGCGAAAGGGGUAAUCGAGAGCAGGAAGCAGACGUAUAGUCACCUGAAGAAGCUGUUGAAGCCUAUCCCCCUGGACACGCCAACUACCAUCGAACUGUCGCCAGGCAACAGCAUCCGCGUAACUCUUCUUGACGCGAACCAUUGCAUCGGCGCAGUCUGUUUCCUCGUCGAGGGUAACGGCAAAGCCAUAUUAUAUACCGGCGAUGUUCGCAGCGAAGACUGGUGGGUCCGAUCUUUGUGCCGUCAUCCUUCCAUUAUACCGUACGUUCCAUCAACUGGGACCAUGCGGGCCCCUAUCAAACCUCUUCACUGUGUCUAUCUUGAUACCACAUUCGCGGUCAAGGACGACAUAUACAAGCACUUUCCUACCAAAGCAGAGGGGCUGUCAGAAAUGCUUCACGCUGUAGCAAGGUAUCCAAAGGGCACACUUUUCUAUUUCGACUCAUGGACUUUCGGCUAUGAGGACGUCUGGCUCGCUCUUUCGGCUCGUCUAGGCAGCAACAUACACCUGGAUGAUUACCGCUAUAAGCUAUAUCUUGCACUGGCUCAAGGUGCCGAGCCUCGAGCUGCAGAAGCCGCCAAACUGAUUGGUUACCAUUGUGGCAAUCACUUUAUGCCAGGAUCGCUGACUGCGAAGCAAUCUCAAGUUCACAGUUGCGAGCAAGGCACAUGCUUUGACAUUUGGCAGCAAGACUUUGUCCGAAUCACGCCAAUCAUCACUCGACAUAACGGCCAGGACGUGGCAGAGCUGGGCGCUGGCGGAGGCAAUGGGGAUCUUGAUGCCAAGCACGAGCUCGAGCUUGGGGACGCUGCGCUCAUUGGGAACCUGAUUUCAUUGUGUGCAACCAGACUGCAAGACCAGCCACAGCACCAGGCCGAGGUUCUCAGCUUACUCACUGGCUUCAUCACAGCAAGAACGUCAUCUGUCCCAAUGAACGGGUCGAUUAUUGCGGCAGAUGCUGCACGGGUCAGCGACGACAACGACCAAGGCAUGAGUAUUGACGAAGCUCCAUUGGACCGCAUCGUGCCGAUCCUUGCGAGUCUACUGGAGAGUAAUAAGCAAAAGAAGGAGGACGUUUCGACUUCGAUGUCGAAAGCUGAGAGGACGCGUCCGGACGGUCUGCCCAAGCAUAUUACUUUCCCAUAUUCACGUCACGCCUCAUAUUCUGAACUUUGUCUCCUCGUCGACGCAUUACAGCCUGUCGACAUACAUCCUUGCACGGUCGACGAGCGGGCUUGGGGCGCUGAGAACUCUAUGGGACACUUGUUUGGUCAUCUCUACAACGAACCCAUCUCUUUCUCGCAUGAUCAGAUGAUGCUGAGGAAGCGAGGUGCGCCUGAGUGUAGAGUACUGUCCACCUCGCAGCACUCUCAUAUGUCGCACGAAGAACAAGAACUUAAGCAGCAGCAGUUGAUACGAGCGGAAGAGGACGAGCGGCGUGUGACUAACAAACAUGGUAAGCAAACACAAUCAUUAUAUCGCGACCACAAGGCUCGAAAGCCUGGCUCACUUCUGGAAGGCACCAGCUGGGCUGAAAAUGGUGGGAGUACAGUCUCGAAGCGCAAGUUAUUCAGCCCAACGACACCAGACGCCGUAAUCGACGCAUUGAACAUGGCUGCUUGGCCAUAUGUGCAGGGCUCGAAGGCCGCCUCAUCCACGCAUAGAGGGCAACGCCCGGGCUCUAGCGCUCUGCAGUCAGCCGAUGGUGGCCACGAGCGCUCCGUUCGUCGCCGACUGCACUCACGUGGAAGCGCCAACAAUCAACCGUCAGGCCGUAUGUCAUCGCCGCCAAUAUCUGGUCGUGAUGUCUUGACACGGAACCGUGCUCGCGCCGCAGCUGCGGCUGAGGGUCGCAGGUUACACAUUGCAGGUAUGGCCCCAGGCACAACAGAAGAUGAUCUUUUGUCCUUCUUCCGCGAUUAUGACAUAUGCAAUGUUACCAUCACUGCACCGCACGGUAUCGCGACUGAGUACACGACUUACGGGUUUGUGGACCUUGGAACUUCUACCGAGGCGGACCAUGCUAUUGUGAGUCUAGAUCGUCUGGUGCUCAAUGGCGAACGUGUGGCCAUCAAGCUCUCACGCGCGCCAGAUUCAUAUGGUCGCUCCACGCGGUACUCGGGAGACUUUGAUGGCCGUCAGUAUACCCCUAGCGAAGCUCGAUUGACCUCACGUGAGGAUGCCCACGGAGCUGCUAGAAAUGAUUGGUCGCGAGUUGGGCUGCUGUCGACUGGCAGAGGGCAUCAGAUCAAGGAAGAGGAGCUUUGA